GCAAAGACUUCACCACUAGUACUCUUAUAUUCUUAGCUAUUUCUCUCUUUGUUCAGAAAGAGAGACACCCAAAAAGAUGGAAUCCUCUAAUGCCUAUGCUCUCUUUCUCAUUUGCAUUCUCUUCAUCUUCUCAGCCACCCCUAUAGUUGGCUGUGCAUUCUGUGGUACGGCCCCACCAAAGCAUACCAGUCCACCCAUGGUAAAGCCUCCAAUACCGGCCCCACCAAAGCAUACCAGUCCACCCAUGGUAAAGCCUCCAAUACGCCCACCCCCAAUCAAGCUGCCACCGGCGACCCCUCCUCCGACAGUCAUACCACCCGGGAUUCUCCCUCCCAUUGUCAUACCACCCGGGAUUCUCCCUCCCAUUGUCAUACCACCCGUGAUUCCCAUUGUCAUACCACCCGUGAUUCUCCCUCCCAUUGUCAAACCACCUGUGACGCCCCCUCCAGUUACACCGCCGCCGCCACCACCAGGGAAGGAAACAUGCCCCAUUGACACGAUGAAACUGGGUAAUUGUGUGGAUCUUCUUGGUGGUAUGGUGCCCAAUGGGCUUGGGGACCCGGUGGUUAACGAGUGCUGCCCGGUUCUGCAAGGACUUAUGGAGACUGAGGCUGCGGUUUGCAUGUGCACCACUCUCAAGCUCAAGCGUCUCAACCUUAAUAUGUUUGUUCCACUUGCUCUUCAGCUCCUUGCAGUUUGUGGGAAGACAACCCCUUCUGGAUACACCUGCCCUCUGUAGAAAUGAGUUAGGUUGCUAGAAUGAUGGCUGGACAGACGGAGGCGACUGCAUGAGAGGAUGUCGAGCAACCCUUCCCCCAUCAUUUUCAAUCUCUCUAUCCGAAGAUCUUAUCCUUUUCUUGAUCUAUAUGUAUUCUGAUGUUUGGAAACAUGAAUAUUGCAAACCAUUUGCUUAAAAUUAAGGGAUUGUUGCAUGUCAUGUGUAUAAUUUGUACGUCUUAGGCAAGGAAUUGCAAUCAAACCUGCUUUCCGAGUCUAAUGCAUGACUUCUAAUCUUCUAUUGGAUUAAUCUGAUUGAUCACUUUGUUUUA